AUGUCUUCACAACCGCAACCACAACCACCCCCAACGCUCACAUCCCUCCUCACCCACCUCCUUCCACACACCACCCUCCUCCACGCGCCCUCCCCUUCCUCCCCCUCUGCCCAUCUAACCUCCACAAUAUCCUCCCUCCAACUCCACCCCACCCUCGAAGCCGCCCUCCACCUCGCCAACGCCGACCUCCCCUCCGCCCACUUCCUCGUCCGGCACAUGCAGGCGGCGCCAGCCGUCGAAGGCAUGCUCCUGCACGCCAUCUUGCACCGCUGCGAGGGGGACUUCGCGAACGCGAGGGCGUGGCUGGGGGAUGUGGGGGACGUUUGUGCGGGGUGGGUUGCCAAGAAGAAGGGGGUGGAGCGGUUGGGAGAGGAUAUGAUGGGACGGGUUAAGUUAGAGGGGGAGGAGAGGGGGUUGUUGGGAUUUGUUUAUGGGGAGGGGAGUGAGGAUGGAGGGGAGAGGUUGGUUGAUGAUGUUGAGGGGUUUAGGGAGAGGUGUAAGGGGAGGAAGGGAAGGGAGGGGGAAAAGGAGGAGGAUGAGAUUGAGGGGAGGAUUAGGAGGGAGUUGGAGAUGGUGGUGGAGUGGUGUAGGGGGAAGUUUGGGGACGGGAGGUGGGUGGAUGCGUCGAGUGCUUGGGUGAGACAUGGGGAUGAGGUCAGACAGGUGGCCGAGGACAUGGUGUCGGGGAACAAGGGGUUCAGGAAGUUCUAGAGGGAACGAUUGAGACAGGACGAGGAUGAAACGUCGUAAGGAUAAGCUGUCCAUUUGCAUCUUGGAAGUGAUCAUACAGCAGCUAGUAAAGUCACAUACAUUAAUCGCCACCAAAACCGAUCAGCCACUAGAGAAAGAAGGAGAGAUUGAUAGUGGGAGGGGAAGAAAAAAGGCACACCCGCACGAAUGCAAAGAAAAAAUUGAAGCAGGUAUGGCAGAAACAAAAGAUCCCCUUCCAGCCAGCCAGCCAGUCAAACCCAUCGCCAAUCUGCAGAAACAAGCAGAGAGCAUUGUAGUACACGCAAUAAAGAGACUUGAAAGGACAGACCCCGGCAUGUUUCUCCGAUGGUGUAACUUCGUUCGACGUCAACAUUCGCA